AUGCAACAUUAUUACAAUAAUUGGCAAGUUGACGGUGUUGAAGGAAAUCCAGAAAGAGAAAUUGAGAAUGUUGUCAAAAGUAAUUUCAGUGGAAAUGGCGGUUUUGGCUUUUUUGGAAGCUCUAAUGGAUAUGGUGUCAAAGAUGGUGAUAUUAAAACUUAUGAACAAUUUAUGAAAGGAAGAGAUGGUGGGAAUGGCACUUUUGGGAUCGGUGGAAAUGGUGGAGAUCUUUAUGACAAGCCGCCUUAUCCUUACCCUUAUAAUCCGAACACAGGAGGUGGUGGGGGAGGUGGAUAUUACGGUGGAGGUGCAGGAUCUGGUUAUUGGGGAUCAAGAGGAGGUCCAGGAGGAGGGGGAAGUGGAUACAUUUCAGCAUCAUUUGUUUCAGGACGAAUGAUCAGCGGUUUCAAACAAAUGCCAUCAUAUAAAUCAUUUCAAUACAUGAAUGGCAUUUCUGGAAAUGGUGCAGCAAGGAUAUCUAUUAUUGAUGAUUGCGUUGUUUCCUUUAAAUGCAAUCAUAAUAAUCUUGGAUUCUCACUUUUCUCUGUUUUCAUAUUAAUGUAUAUAUCAUAA